GCCGUCUGGUCAGGCGGCCGUGGAUCACGUGACAUCCGCGGCGGAAUGGCGGCUGUGGAGCUGGAUGAAGAGGAAGCCAACAUCGAGUACUCGAAACGAUUGCAGAGCCGUUUGGAGCGAGUGAGCGAGCUGGCGCAGUUCACCCAGCACUGUGCCCGGGCCUUGGAGGGCGUACUGAGCGCGCUGGGCUGGAGCAGCGAGGGCAUGGAUCGGCAGCGGCCGCUUGAUCCAAUGGUUACUUGUCCAUUUGAUGCAAAUCACCGUCUUUCAAAAUCUUCUCUGGAAAAACAUGUUACAUCUUGCAGGCUAAGAAAACUGGGAUAUUCUAAAGAGGAAGAGGCAGAAAUGUGUGACCCCUCAUUUGCCUAUGAGAACACUCUGGUACCUACGUUUAAAAUGAACAAAGAUUUGCAAACUCGGAUUAUUCAUGAAGCAAGAAGUAAAGCUCCACUUGGAAAAGAAGAGAGAGCAUUUUCCCAAAGUGAUUAUUCUUCAGUACCUCUUGAAGUUCCUGAGAAUUAUCAACAUUCCAUCUGUGACCUAACUCCUGCGGAUCGCCUGGCUAUUUAUGAGCACGUCAUCAAAGAAACCAGUCAGCAGGAAAACAAAUCAAGGUCUUUUGAAAAUGACAGUGAUUUGUAUGUGGACCUUGCUGCAAAGCUCAGCCAAGAGGAGGAACAGAAAGGACCAAAGUCGCAUCUUGAAAUACUUGCUGAAAUGAGAGAUUACAAGCGUCGUCGCCAAUCCUACAGAGCCAAGAAUGUUCAUAUAACAAAAAAGUCAUAUACAGAGAUAAUUAAGGAUGUUAUUAAUGUACAUAUGGAAGAAUUGUCAAGACAGUGGAAAGACCAGAGUGAUUCUGAUACUGUGGAAGAAGGCCAAAGUUCUUCAUCUUUAAAAAGCUCUGCAAAUGCAUGCAGAAAAAGAUCCAUUGACAAAAUAUCUCCUUCAUCUGAAUCUCAAACUAUUGGAAGCGGUAGAACUGUAGAUCGUGACAACUGGAAAAGGAAUCGCAGUCUAAGUCCACGGGAGAGGAAAAGAAGUCCAGAAUGGAGUAAGGAGAGAGAGUCGAGGAGAAAGCAAGAGAAAGACCAUCACUCUCGGGUCGACAACCGCCAUCGAAGUCACAGGCGGCGAAAGUGACUUGGAACUGCUGAUGGAAAGAAGAUCAGAAAUUUAUUAAAAAAUACAAAAUAUGUAUAAACACAGAACUUCUUAAAAACUCUAAUGAAUGUUACAGUUGUAUAGGCAAGUUUCCAUGGAAUAUCAUCUCCAUAUAGCUACUAUCAUUGGUUCCCUGAUUUAAAAAAAACAAGGCCAAGACAUUUCCUAUCAAAGUAGAUGUACAUGGUUGAAAAUAGAUAUUUGCAUCUUAUUUCAAAAGUCUACAUUGCACUUCAUAUUUUUUCACAUUUGUAAGAAACGUUGCAAGUUUUGAAAUCAAUCCAAAGUGAUAAUCCUUCUCCAAUUUCCAUUAACUGUAUGUGUUACUUGAGCACUUUUCUUAAGAUUGUUUUUCAGUUAACUGCUUGUUGUAUAUAAAAUGUAUUCAGGUGUUGAACCAAAUAAAGCUUCCAUGCAGACAGAGCUGUAGAUCUUCUUAAAUGAAAAAUAAAAGUUGAAUCUUA